UUUCUUUAAAUUAAUCCCACUUCUCAAGAGUCGUCAGGACUCCAAAAUUCUCCCCCACCAAACAUCUCCUGUUCUGUAACCUGAGCGAGAGAGCGAGCAACUCCCAUGGCGGCUCCAACAUAUUCCAAAUGUCCUUCGUGUUUUUUGAGCUCCAAGUCCAGUUUUGUCGGCUGUAAAAGAACCCACUUCGGGUUUGAGUCUGGACUCCUCGGAAAACCGGUAAAAAGGGAGUGUUUGUCACUGAGGUAUGAAGCAAACACUGGAGGAGGAGUACUAGAGCGGUUGCAGCAGAGGAAGGAGCAGAAAAAGAGAUGGGAGGUGAGGUGUGCGGCGGAGGGUAUAGAGAGGGGGAUGCUGAUAGGAAGGAGAGGAAGGGAAGAAGCGAAGGUGACCGUGCCGGAGAGGUUCAAGGUGGUGGCGUUAAUGGCGUGCGUCAUGUGCCUCUGCAACGCUGAUCGAGUCGUCAUGUCUGUCGCCAUCGUCCCCCUAGCUGCCAAACAUGGGUGGUCCAAUUCUUUCUUAGGCAUUGUUCAGUCAUCAUUUCUUUGGGGAUACAUAUUUUCGUCGUUGGUCGGAGGAGCAUUGGUAGACAGGUAUGGAGGGAAGAGAGUGAUCGCAGCUGGUGUGGCUUUGUGGUCUUUGGCCACCCUCCUCACCCCUUGGGCUGCCAAUCACUCCACAGUCUCUCUCUUGGCUGUCCGUGCAUUCUUUGGAUUGGCCGAAGGUGUAGCUCUACCCUCCAUGAACAUCCUUUUGUCAAGGUGGUUUCCAAACCAUGAACGAGCAACUGCAGUGGGUCUCUCCAUGGCUGGAUUUCAUCUUGGCAAUGUUGCUGGUUUACUGCUGACUCCAAUUAUGUUGUCAUCAAUCGGAAUUACUGGUCCUUUCAUUCUCUUCUCAUCUCUUGGGCUACUCUGGUUGACGACAUGGACAAACGGAGUUACAAAUGAUCCACGAGAAAACCAUUUUAUUAGCAAAUCAGAGCUCCGACUAAUCCAAGCUGGGAAAACCGACUCUCCAUUGAAUGAUGGAAAGCUCCCACCCAUAAGCCUCUUAUUAUCAAAAUUACCAACAUGGGCCAUCAUACUUGCUAAUGUGACUAACAAUUGGGGAUACUUCGUUCUUCUCUCAUGGAUGCCUGUUUAUUUCAAGACUGUAUUUAAUGUGAACUUGAAGCAAGCAGCAUGGUUUAGUGCUGUUCCAUGGGGCACAAUGGCAAUUUCUGGCUAUAUUGCAGGUGCAACAUCAGAUUAUUUAAUCAAGGCUGGAUUCUCUCUGACCUUAGUCCGCAAGAUAAUGCAGUCCAUCGGUUUCAUCGGGCCUGGGGUGUCACUGCUCUGCUUGAAUUAUGCCAAUACACCUGUAAGCGCGGCGGUACUCAUCACAGUAGCCUUGAGCUUGAGUUCCUUCAGCCAAGCUGGCUUUCUCCUCAACAUGCAAGAUAUAGCUCCUCAAUAUGCAGGAUUUCUGCAUGGAAUAUCAAAUUCAGCUGGAACAUUGGCGGCGAUAAUUAGCACAAUUGGAACUGGUUAUUUCGUACAAUGGUUGGGAUCUUUCCAAGCAUUCUUAACUGUCACCGCCGUGCUCUAUUUCCUGACAACCAUAUUUUGGAACCUGUUUGCUACCGGAGAACGAGUCUUCUAAAAUGAAAAUCAAACAUUCUAGUAUCCUUCCAUUCGCUAGCAUAAGUUGAAUUGAGAGUGAAAUUUUUUGGGAUGAAUGGUAUAGCUAGGCCGUGAUUAGUGAUUUGAUCAUUUAAAGUCCAUUCAUUUGUAUUUCUUGCAAGACAACAUUAUGUUACUUGCCAUUUUCUUUUUUCCUUUUUCUCACCUCUCUGAUUGUAUAUAUCGCAUUUGUUUAUAAGGAGAAAUUGCAAUCAUGUUAGAAUAUAAUAUAAUAUUCUUUCCAUC